UAUGACAACAAGCAACGCCACAUAUCUAUGUCGUGUGUCAUAUAUGUUUAUCCUUUGGCCAAGGAGAGUCGAACCGGCGUAAACAAAUAUAUUUUUUACUCACGCCUCAAGUCGCCCUAAUCUAAAUGACCCCUACAGCUUACCUCAUAUGCAAAUGCAAAACCAAGUUACUUGCUAUACCAUUUCUUUUUAUUCUAGUUUUUUGAUGGUAAAAUGGAUCUGGCAAUGAUAAUUGUGAAAAUAGAAACAUUGGAGAGAAAAGAAAGAAAAACAAAAAGCUUGUUGUUUUGUUCUUUUCUUGACAGAUAUUGUUGAUUGAGAAGAGAAAGCGAUAGUCGAAAUAUGUAUUAAGAAAGCAUGUUUAUUGAAUAUAAUUUAUUUUAUUCGUGCUAAGCAUUGUACGAAGUAAUUUAUCUCCAGCUAUGCCUUCAUCUCCUAGCGAGCAUAAUGGUAAAUUUGGUGAACAGUUCCGAUAUGACCCAGAAUUCAGAGGUCCUAUAAAAAACCGGAGCUGCACUGACAUAAUUUGUCUAUUUUUGUUCAUUGCUUUCAUAGCAGGAUGGAUAGUGGUUGGAGUUUUUGCAUUUCGAGCAGGGGACUUAAAAGUGCUUUUUUAUCCCACGGAUUCCGAAGGAAAUAUGUGUGGUGUGGAUGAACUUAAAAAUAAAUCAUACCUACUCUUUUUUGAUUUACGAAAGUGUGCCAGCCCUAAAGUGAUAUAUUCUGGUUGCCCUACUCCACAGGUUUGUGUUUCUACGUGCCCAACAGAAAAUUUUAUUCCCACUGUAUCAGGUGAUCCAGAAAAAGAUAAGCGAACAAAGGAAAAAUUAAUUUGUGAGUACGAUGUUAAUAAGGAUUCAAAGACUUUGCAAGAAUUACUCGAUGAAGGACAUUGUGCUACUUUAUAUCUUAAAAGUUCUCCAUUACUUGGGCGGUGCAUUCCUGAUAUUUUCAAGCAGGGCAUAGAUAAAUACUUAACAGAUAAACAUGGGAAAGUUAUGCAAGAUGAAGGUGAUAAAAUUACUGCUGAACAAAUCAAGAACGCCACUGCCAAUAUUGAAAAAUUCUUAAAGUUAACUGAAAUUGGUGCGAAAGUGUUUGGAGACUUUGUAAUAGCAUGGAAAGAAAUGCUAGUGAUGUUACUAUAGUACUGAUAGAUAUAUUAAACUAAAAGAUGUGGCUGGUUCGGAGAGAAAGUUUGAGGUUACAUUGAACCUUAAAAGUUAUCUAGAACUACGUAAAACUUGGCUUGCCUUAGCUAUUAUUUGUGGAGUAAUAUUUGGUAUUUUAUUUUUGGUUGUUGUAUUUCUAAGAAAGAGAAUCUACAUAGCAAUUGCUCUAAUUGUACAAUCUAGCAAGGCUGUUGGCUGUAUGUCAUCUACAUUAUUCUUCCCAAUAUUUCCUUACAUUUUGCAGUUUGCGUUCUUUGCAUUUUGGAUAGCCAUAGCCUUAUACAUUGCAUCAUCAGGAAAAGCUUCAUUCGUUAUUGCUGAUGCUCCAGCAGGUUCAUCUCACGCAAAUGGUUCUCACUGCAAUCCAAAGAAAUAUAAUUCCACCGGAGAGGGAAUUAAAUGUUUAUUCCAGUCUUAUGGCUUGAGAGAUAAUCUUUUUAGUGCACAUGUUUAUAACCUAUUUGGUUUAUUCUGGAGUCAAUUUUUUGUUAUUGGUCUUGGACAACUUUCCCUUGCUGGAGCUUUUGCAUCCUAUUAUUGGACACAUAACAAAAAAGAUGUUCCAUUUUUUGCUGUUGGAACAAGCUUGGGUCGUACCUGCAGAUACCAUCUGGGAUCGGUUGCUUUUGGGUCUCUUUUAAUUGCUUGUGUGCGAAUGAUUCGUGUCAUGCUGGAGUAUAUUGAUCGAAAAUGUAAAAAAUAUGAUAAUGCCUUCACUAAAUGUAUCAUUUGGUGCAUGAAAUGCUGUUUUUAUUGUUUGGAGAAGUUUUUGAGAUUUAUCAGCAAAAAUGCUUACAUAAUGAUUGCUGUGUAUGGUAAAAAUUUUUGCAGAUCAGCUAGAAAGGCAUUUAUGCUACUCAUGAGGAAUGUCUUAAGGGUCAUAGUAAUUGAUAAAUUGACAGACUUUUUGCUCUUCUUGGGAAAAUUGGUAGUUGUUGUUACAGUUGGUGUGCUAUCAUUUUAUUAUUUUACCACAUAUUCUGGCAGUACCAAAGAUCAACUGAAUUAUAAGAUUACACCACCAAUUGUUAUUACAGUUGGAGCUUAUAUUAUUGCUUCUGCUUUCUUCAGUGUCUAUGGAAUGGCUGUAGAUACUUUAUUUUUAUGUUUCUUGGAGGACUGUGAAAGAAAUGAUGGAUCUCCAGAAAAGCCGUACUACAUGUCCAAAGAUUUAAUGAAGCUUUUGCAUAAGAAAAACAAAUUUCGAGAGCUUCAAUCUCCUACCUCAUCCAAAUAAGUGAUUAAAAAUAUUACUAAUGCCUUUGUCAAAGAUUUUCAGCCAAGUUUUCUUUUUCCUCUUCAUCUUUGAUGUGUCUUCCUCUGCUAGCAGAACUGUUUUUUUAUAUUAAAAUAUUUUGAAGUAUCAUUUUCAGUUUCUUAGUGUGAUCUAUAUUUGCUCAUCACGUAUGUACCUGCAGAACUAGGAUUGGCAAGUUUUUGACUGUUUUAACCAGAAUAUAACUUGUGUCAAAAAUCUCUCUUAAAUUUCUAUCUUUAAAAACUGUUUAAAAUCUCAGGUAUAAUAAUUUUGCAACUGUAUAAGUAUUUUAAAUUUAUAUUUGUAACGAAAUCAAUGUAAACUAUAUAUUCAGUUUAAAGCAUUUGAGAGUUUAUGCUGUAAAUUUGCUUAUCAAUUUUCACAUGUCUUUCCCCACCCUAGAUUUUUUGAUUGCAUAAAUAAAUUCUGGACAGUUGAAACAGUUUUUUAUGUCAAAAAGCCAACCUUGUUCUGAACUGCAUACUUUUUCUUCCAUUUUUCGAUUUGUAUUUUAAUUUUAUUUUAAACAUUGUUUCUGUGACCUAAACCAUCUCAAUUUUUUCCUCAUAUGCACAGUGCAGUAACUUAAAUUUUGUUUUUGUGUGAUACAAAUACUUUGUGCUAAUUUUUAUCAUUUUUCUCAUUUUGUUUCGAUUAAUUAUCUUACGCACUCAACAUUUUUUGAAUCUGACCCAUAAUGCUUAGUUAUGGCUUUACAAAGAGCAUGUGAUAAACAGUAUUAAUAAAUGUGUUCAGUUGUUUUUUGAAAUUCGUUUAUAUGUUUCAUUUUAAAUAGUAGAAAUUGUUUAAACUAUCAUAAUGUUAAUUUUUUUUAAGUAUUUUAUUUAUUUAUGUAGGGAAGACUUUUUAAUAAGUUUUUAUAAUUUUUUUUGUACCCAAUUAAGUUUUUAUAUUUAAAAACUCAUUGUAAAAUCUGUGUUAUGCCAUUAUUUCUGAACAAAAAUUAUUUUAAAUGUAGAAUUUAAACUUUACUAUGAUAUUUUUAUUCAGAUGUUUCCAUAUGAGUAGUAUAUCUCUAUGUGAUCAUUAAAUAGAAAUUAUAACUGUUUCAGAAAAUACUUUGACCCAUUUGUCUGUUAAAGAUACUUAUUUAUCAUUUUCAGUAGAGUUAGGUUGUUCUAAGAUGUUUGGGUGACAUCAUUUUUUUAAAAUUUGCACAAAAUAUACUUAUUUUUUUAAAUCUUAUUUCUAAAUCAGCACUUAAUAACAUAUUCAAAUUAUGUUUUACCCAAGGAUGCCAACUUUUAUCGAAUUUUAGAAAUUUUUCAAAAAUUUCAGAUGCAUUCAAUUUUUUGGUACAUAUUUUUUUUUCAUUUCUGUUUGUGGAGAACAUGUUUAUUUUAGUAAUCUCUUGAUUUUGUAUUUGAAUGAUACAUAUUUUACUAAUAAAAUUAUUAGUUUAUUUAAUUCAAAGCAAUCUUUAUAUAUCAAGAGCUUGAAAAUUUAUUUUAUGUUUGUAUAACUUUAAAAAAUAUCAAUUAAAUGUUUUUUUUUAAAUUUCAAAUUUGCUUUUUAUUAUUGAUUUUGAAAGUAGUAUUAUAAAUUAUCCUUGUUGCUGCAGAAAAAUAACUCCAUUAUUAAAGAAAAUUAUCGCAUAUUGGCAUCCUUAAAUACAAAAUAUAAAAUUUAUUGCUUUUUCUUAAACUUAAAAGCUAAUAUAUUUUAUUUUUGAACUUUUCCUUAAACUACAUUGUUUAGUAAUGCCAAACGAGCAAAAUUGUUACAUCUGACAGCGAUCAAUUCUAAUAACUAAAAUGUAUAAAACAGUUUUUUUCCCUUAAAAUAAAAUUUUAAUGUAUGCUCCUUUAAUAGCAAUAUUUUAUUUAGGUUUAUUUAAUAAAUUUCAGUAAAAUGAAAAUAUUAUUAAAUGCAUUUUAAUUCCUUUUAACUUGCUUGCUUUUGAUUUUUUUUGUGAUAAGAUAGUGAUUUCAAAAUUUGAAUUAAAACUAAAAUACUAGUAUUAAAUUUUAUAUCUGAAAGUUUUUUGUAAAUAUCAUUGUACUGUGCAUCUUAAGAAUUCUCAAUUUACUAUAUUUAUAAAAUAUAUAAAUGAGGCCUUAAUUUUUAUAAAAUAUGAAUAUAUAUAUUUUAUGCAAACUAGUUAGCAGCACAUUUUUCAUUGAUGAAAUUAGAUUUCCAUUGGAAUCAGGUUGCUUUUUGAUUUCACUUGUGACAAAUAUAGCUCCAAAUGUUUCUACUUCUUAAUUAUAUAUUUUUUAUAAAAGGGCAUUCAUCAUCCCAAUUUAUAUAUCAUAAAAUUGUUUCGCUUUUGAAUAUAGUUACCUCAAAAUAUCCUAACUAAAAGAGCAAUUGUUUUUUGUUAAUGUUUUUUCAGCACCUAAGCUUUUUAUAUAAAUUUAAAAAAUGAAUUAUAUUUUAUAAAUAGUCCAGUAUUUUGUGAUUAACUUUGCAAAUUAAUUAAAAAAAUUUCAUAAAUAGCAAGACAUAAUUUUUAAACUGUGUAUGUAAUAUUUUUUACCCCUUUUUUAAAAAACUAAAAAUAUGGGGGAAAAUCUAUUUAAAACCAUAUUAUGCAUGGUUAUUAUAAAUUAUCGAUGGAAUUGAAUUAUACAAAAAUCUUUCUGUUUUAAAGUAAUUCAAUGAAGAUGUUCUUUCCUAUUUUGCAUUUUUUUAAUAUUUAAUUCAAGUUUGAAGGAUAAAUACUGGUUUUAUUAUUGGUGCUUAAAUACAUGGGUUGUGUUAGUUUAUGAUUACAUUUAUCAAUCCAGAGAAAAUGUUUAUAUCACUUUUAUGUAAUUUUGAUACUGUAUUUAUGUUGGGAGAAUUUUUAAUGUUAGAUUUUUGUUAAAAGUUUAUAUAAUUUUUCUGUGAAUUUCAGAUUUAUUUAUAUGCAUAUGUUUUUAUUUUUCCUAUGAAUAUUUUAUUUCUUCUAAAGCUAUUACUGUAAACAUUGAAUUUGUGUACAUUGAAAUGAAAGAAACAUUGUCCUAAUGCAGGGUGGCCACACAACAGAAUAAUCAGAAGAAACCGAAAUGCUUAGGAAAUUUUAUCUAUCUAAAAAAAUCAGGGAAAUGUCAGAGAAUUUAACUAAAACGCCUAGAGAAAGGAAUAAAUUUGUUUGAGGUACUGAAAUGUUCAAAAAUAUUUUUGAAAAAAAAUUGGUCUUAUAAUAAUUAAAUUUUUUUUAAAAUAUAUUUUCAACCCGAAAUGUUCAAAUAGUGUUUUGUUAUAUAUUUUAUUUUUGAGAAUAAGGUUUCUCUGAAAAAUAGUUCUCCGGUUAAAAAACUAGGGAAAUUUAAUAAAAUUAGUGUUCAAAAAUCAGGGAAAUUUUUUAUCUGAGUAUUGGUGGCGACUCUGUAUUAUUGGAUUGUAAGAUAUUCCUGUUGUUUACUUUUUAAAUAUUGGGCUGUUGAUAUUUUGCUUGCUAAAUUUUAACAUAUUUACUAUUCAUGUGACACUUGUUAAAUCAAAAUUCGUAGAAAAUGUCUAUGUAUUUUCACUUUAGCUCUUUUAAUAAAUGUUCAUCAAAGUAA